CCUCAGUUCCUGCUCUCUGAACAUAAACAAGCAGACUUCAGCCUUUCUCCCCUUUCCCAUCUUGUCUGCAUGAGACAAUAUUUUUUUUCUUCUAUUCAGUUCAAGUAAAGGCUGGAGGAAUGCGAAUUUCCAAAAAACAAGAAAUUGGCGUCCUGGAGAGACAUACCAAAAAAACAGGAUUAGAGAAAACAAGUACCAUUGCAAGUGUUGCCAAACUGCAGGCGAUGGAUGCUCUGAAUGACACACUGGAGAAGCUCAGCCAUAAAUUUCCAGCAGUAAUGCACCUGGCACAUCAAAAACCCAGACCUGCCCUGGAGAAGGUCACUCCGCUGAAAAGGAUCUACAUUAUUCAGCAGCCUCGAAAAUGUUAAGCUGGAAUGUAAAACACAGCCAUCUGGCCAACUGCCGCAAACAUCAGACAGCUUAGCGAAAAGGACCAAAAUUUUCCAUAGGCCCAGUGUACUUGCUUGGUAAAUAAAACAGCUUUUGUAUCUUCUCUUUUGACU